UGCAUACCUGCUAUGGUUGAAUUGAAGGUGGUUCUGCCGCUAAUCUCGGCUGUUUCCCUCCUUUUCUUGUCUUUAAGAUUGAUUAAUAUGUCGUCACAAACCACACUGGGACUCUCACUCCAAGAAACACCAUGAAUCUACCCCACUCCUUCUUCCUCGUUUUCUUCGUCUUCAACAGCAUCACAAUCACCACAUCAACAACUCCACCAUACCCCUACGGUUUCUCCAACCACAUCAACUGCGGCACCUCCACCAACUCCACAGACCCCUUCAACACCACAUGGCUCUCCGACCGCUUCUUCACAGCCGGCACCUCCGCCAUCGUAUCCGAACCCCUCCGCUUCCGUCUCCCCUCUGAAAAAACUCUCCGCUUCUUCCCGCCAUCUUCCUUCGGCAAGAAAAACUGCUACUCCUUCCCCUCUCUCCCCUCCGGCCGCUACCUCCUCCGCACAUUCACCGUCUACGACAAUUACGACGCCAAGUCACGCCCUCCUUCCUUCGACGUCGCCCUCUCCGCCACCGUACUCUUCAGUUGGCGUUCCCCCUGGCCCGAGUCCACCGCCCGCGACGGCGCUUACUCCGAUCUCUUCGCAUUUGUUCUUAAUACCUCCUCCACCACCACCACCGCCACCACCGAUCUCUGCUUCUACGGCUUCGCCACCGACGCCCCUAUCGUCUCCUCCGUCGAGCUCGUCCAAGUCGAUCCCGCCUCCUACGACUCCUCCACCACUGGCCACAAACUCGCCCUCGUCAACUACGGCCGGCUUUCCUGCGGCUCUGACUACCACUGGGGCCCCGGCGUCACCAACGACACCGACCGCUUCGGCCGCUCCUGGCAGCCCGACGCCCCCUUCCGAAACCUACCGGAGGACUCCAACAUUGUCCACGUCCUGUCAACGGAGAACUCCAUCGCCGGCGCCAACGAAGAGCCUAAUUACUUUCCGAUGAAGGUGUACCAGUCGUCGGUUACGACGGAGGGCGCGUUGGGGUACGAAUUGGAAGUGGACGCGAAGAUGGACUAUACGGUGUGGUUGCACUUUGCGGAGAUUGAUUCGACCGUGAAGAGAGCGGGGGAGAGAGUCUUCGACGUGUUGAUCAACGGCAACAACGUUACCAGAGUUGAUAUAUUCAAGGAAGUGGGUGGUUUCGCCGCGUUUACUUUGCAUUACACCGUCAAGAACCUUAGCACCAACGUGUUGAGCCUCAAGCUCGUUCCUGUUGUUGGUGCCCCUCUCAUUAGUGCCAUUGAGAAUUACGCAUUGGUUCCCAAUGAUCCUUCCACUCACCCUCUCCAAGUGAGUGCUAUGAAGGCGUUGAAGGAGUCGCUUCGUGUUCCUAGUAGAAUGGGUUGGAAUGGUGAUCCUUGUGCUCCUACUACUUGGGAUGCUUGGGAGGGUGUUACCUGCCGCAUGAGUAACGAUAAAACUUCUCUUGUCAUUAGUGAAAUAGAUCUUGGCAGUCAGGGAUUGAAAGGGUACAUAAGUGACCAAAUUAGUUUUUUGUCCGACUUGGUUCGCCUGAAUUUGAGUUCUAAUUCCUUGGAGGGUGAAAUACCGCCAGGACUUGGUCAAGAAUCCCUGGUACAAGUGGAUUUAUCCAACAAUCAGUUAAUGGGAUCCAUACCAGAUAGUCUAGCAUCUUCGAAUUUGAAACUUGUGCUAUUGAAUGGUAACUUAUUGGAAGGACGAGUGCCAGAGCAACUUUAUUCGGUUGGUGUGCACGGUGGAGUAAUUGAUCUGUCUGGCAACAAGGGGUUGUGUGGUGUACCAUCUCUACCUUCAUGUCCUAUGUUUUGGGAGCAUGGCAGAUUAUCGACUCGGGGUAAAAUUGCAAUAGGCAUGUCAUGUCUUUUUGUUUUCUUUGUGGCACUGCUGGUGGCAUAUAUCUACAUCAGGAAGAAAAGGAACGGUUAUGACUUUGGUCUGCCUCAUGAACUAAUGGCAUUAGCUGCCAAGAGAAACCGCUAUCAGAGGCAGAAAUCGUUGAUGCUUCUUGAGCUGGAGAGUCAACACGCCAAGGGAUUGCCUUCACCUUUUACUCCACAAUAACUUUUUUAAUGGAAAUAGAAGAUUGAUUUUCAUAGGAUUCGGCUAAACAUACACCAUCAUUGCUUAGAGAAAGUGAUUGAACGUACAAGAUUGCAGCAUCCCAGUUCGGCCAUGAGGCAAGGUCGCUUAAGAAAGAUAAAAAAUUGGCUUAUGGGGUCUCUGCUUUUCUCUUACAACUUAUUUGUCACGUCGAGGAUCCUGCAGGCUACCUUUUGCGAUGCACUGUAAUUGUUUCCUGAAACCUCAUAAAAAGGAAUAUCCCCGGUUAUAUCACUACACUAGCCACCUGUACCUUUUGACGAAUACCUGAUAGGAAUAACCCAUCAACGUAUGCAACAAUUUAGUGUAAGUUUUUCAUGUUACAUCAAUUCUGCUUGAUUCAUAACCCUGUAGACUGAUUUAUAUAGCUAAACAUCAGUGAGUUUUAGUGUACAAUGUACUGUCGAAGCUUUUUCAUACAUGUAUCAAGUAAAGCAUAAUAGAGAAAAUUACGUACAUUUUCGU